AAUACUCAAUAUUGAAUAUCGUAAUAGACUCCUUACUUAGUCUUGUUACGAUGUGGUUUAGUUAUUUAAUAUGCUUAUAUUAUAGUCUGUAGUUUUAUUAUAAGCCUUUGUUAUAUUCACUAUUAUUCAUUAUUACUUUCCCUCAUUCUAUCGUUUUGCUUACUUUGUAGUAUUUAUUUUAUAUUUAUACAGACUAAUAUACUUAAAACUGUUAAAUACAAUUCGAGAAUUCUGUUGUAAAUCUAAAAAUUGUAUUUUGUUUAUUAGUUAUUGAAGUUAAAUAGUCGCGCAUUUAGAUAUGGAAAAGAAAGUCAAGAACACUAGUCAAAAGAAGAAUCUUGCCAAAAUGCAAACCAUGAAGUUAAACGAUUGCAAAGCAGUUAUAUUAAAGCUGGUGGACGAAUUACUCGAUGCAACAAGUAUGAUGUCCAAUUCCCCAUCAAUCAAAGAACAAUGGUCCAUACAUUUGGUGAUUGUCAACCUAUUAUCUAAAAUUAAUCAGUUAGAAGCUGAGUUUGAAUUGAAGCCCUUAUCUCAGAGAAACGAUCAAUCCAUUGAGAAGUUGACCAAAUGGGCCACUAAAAACGGUGCUAUUCUUAAUGGAGUAGAAAUUCAUCAAUUUGAAAAUUAUGCAUAUGGUAUGAAAGCUAAUAAAAAUAUCACUGUUGGUGAUAAGCUUGUGACUGUACCUAGAGCAUUGAUGAUGACUGAAGAAAAUAUACCAUCAUCUCCACUAUGGAAAUUACACUCGCAAGACAUGAUGCUGCGUAAUAUGCCAAACGUGGCUCUGGCAAUAUUCAUUUUGGUUGAAUCUUUGCGAAAAGAUAAGAAAAGUUUUUGGCAUUCAUAUUUAACCACCUUGCCAGUGACAUACUCAACACCGGUAUAUUUUGAUGUAGCUGAUCUAGAAGCUUUGAAAGGAUCACCUGCAUUUGAAGCAGCACUGAAACUUAAUAGAAAUAUAGCUCGACAAUAUGCAUACUUCAAAAAACUGUUUCAGGUAAUUAUGGGUAGUUAUUAUUAUUUUAAAAUUAUUAUUAUGUAUGGCUUAUGGACAUUUUUUUUUUCUUAUUGUUGUCGUAUUUCAGCUUCAAUGUGUAAUACUUAAAUAAGUUUUAGGAGAAGUAAAAAAACUAAAACACUAACGUUACUCUCCGUUUACUCAAGACACAAAAUCCUAUUACAAUUAUGUACACCCGGUCACCAGCAAUUUUUUUCCAUUGCUUAAAAUAUUUAUUUUGUUUUAAAACCAUACAAUGAUUCAAUUAA